AUGCGAUCUAAAGCAAUUCGCCACAGGAUUAUCAACGAUCUAGUGAUCUUCCUAGGUGCGAUACAAGCGAUUGGUAUAACUGCUGGUGUUCAUCGUCUUUGGUCACAUCACGCUUACAUAGCCAAAUUACUGCUUCGAGCUCUGCUUCUUAUUUUCUACACUGCGGCUAGCCAGAAUAAGAUUUCGGAUUGGGUGCGAGAUCAUCGGGUAUAUCAUAAAUAUACGUACGCGGAUCCGCACAACAGCAAUCGCGGAUUCUUCUUCUCUCACAUCGGCUGGCUGAUGAUGAAAAAGCAUUUAGAAGUGAUCCGAAGAGGUCGUGAGAUUGACAUGAGCGAUGUUUUGACGGAUCCUGUCGUCGUGUUCGACGAUAAAUGUUAUAAAGAAUCAUUGAAACAAGAAUAUCACUUUCACAUCAGGGAUGCAUCUUCAUUAAAUGGGGAUUGCAGUCAAAGUAUUAAUACAGACUGUUUUAAUAACAGACAUAUUAAUCCGACGAAUAAUAAGCUAGUUGCUUUUCUGACGUACGGCGAGGGCUGGCACAAUUAUCAUCAUGUGUUCCCGUGGGAUUAUAAAGCGGACGAAUUGGGUAAUUGCAUGCUAAACAUCACGACGAUGUUUAUCAACUUCUUCGCGAAAAUCGGCUGGGUGUACAAUUUGAAGCAACCGUCGCAACAACUCGUGAUGUCCGUCGUGACGAAGAGAGGUGAUGGCAGCCAUCACAUAUGGGAUCCUAUGGCGUAUCCCAGCAAGAUCGAAGAGUGAAAGAACGGUUCAGCCUUGGGUGUGCAAGGUCC